UUUUAUCUCUUUCCCGAUGCAUUGGUUCAAGAUUUUAUUACAGGAAGUGGAACCUAAAAAACAAAGAUCAAAAAAGGGAACCUAGGAAGAUCAUACAUACAUGGCGGAAGAAUCAAAACAAAGCUCUGUUUCUGAUGAUAAGACGAGUGUGAUUGGAAGAAGCAGUAAGGAAGAGAAACAAUCAAAGGUUCAUGAAAAGGAGACUCAUGGAAAAAGUGAAGACAUCAACGAGAAGACAAGAGUGGAUGAUGUGAAAGGACCAGGUGUCUUCGGACGUAUGAAGGAAGAAGUGGAAGCCAUUGUCGAUGCAGUUACUCCUAGCAAAAGUUCUGUUGAUGACAAGUGAUACACACCAUCAUCGUUUUUUUUCUCGCUGCCUUCGUUAUCUCUGUGUGUUAGAACAGUAACCAACUCCUUGGCCAUCUAAUAAAGACACGACCUUUAUGAUUC